UGAGCGGCUGCGGCCAUGGCGUACGCCUAUCUUUUUAAGUACAUUAUCAUUGGCGACACAGGUGUUGGUAAAUUAUGUUUAUUGCUACAGUUUACUGACAAGAGAUUUCAGCCAGUGCAUGACCUCACUAUUGGUGUAGAAUUUGGUGCUCGAAUGAUAACAAUUGAUGGAAAACAGAUAAAACUCCAGAUCUGGGACACUGCCAGGCAAGAGUCCUUUCGUUCCAUCGCAAGGUCAUAUUACAGAGGUGCUGCAGGGGCUUUACUAGUAUAUCAUAUUACAAGGAGAGAUACAUUCAACCACUUGACAACUUGGUUAGAGGAUGCCCGCCAGCAUUCCAAUUCUAAUAUGGUAAUUAUGCUUAUUGGAAAUAAAAACGAUUUGAUAUCAGAAGUAAAAAAAGAAGAAGGUGAAGCUUUUGCGCGAGAACAUGGGCUUAUCUUCAUGGAAACGUCUGCUAAAACUGCUUCCAAUGUAGAAGAGGCCUUUAUUAACACAGCAAAAUUAAUUUAUAAAAAAAUUCAAGAAGGCGUCUUUGACAUUAAUAACGAGGCAAAUGGCAUUCAAAUUGGCCCCCAGCAUGCUGCUACUAAUGCGACACAUGCAGGCAAUCAGGGAGGACAGCAGGCUGGGAGAGGCUGCUGUUGAGUCUGUUUUAACUAUCUAACUGCCCAAGUAGGACUACUCAUUAUUUCACCCUCUCUGCUCCUGCUCCACUGAGACAUGAAACUAUAUGAGAUGUCUUUGUGUCACA